UUGAACACCCCCAGUGGCGGCUCCCGGCUGCACUGCUAUGGAGUCAGGAGGAAGCUGCGGCCCGGGAGGGUCUUCGGAUUCAUCCUGAGUCUGGCGGUGGUCUGCACAGUCUGUUCAUGGAGUGCCUUGUCCCUGACCAACACAGCUGGACUGAGUCUACAAUCAGAGGCUGAGGGCUCAGAGGCAGCAGUGCCCCGGAGAACUCUUAUGCAGCAUCCAAACGUCACAGAGGACACACCAGUGGCCAUGAAGUCAUCAGAGAUUGAGAUGAACCACGGGGACUACCCAACGGACUACUUUAGUGUGGAAGAGAGGCGUCAGGGCUUUGUGGCACUUCAUAUGUUUGGCAUGUUGUACAUGUUCAUAGCCUUAGCAAUAGUCUGUGAUGAGUUCUUUGUCCCAGCGCUCACUGUUAUCACUGAGAAGUUGGAGAUCUCAGAUGAUGUGGCAGGAGCCACCUUCAUGGCAGCAGGAGGGUCAGCUCCAGAGCUCUUCACUUCAGUGAUAGGAGUCUUUGUAUCACACAGUAAUGUAGGCAUCGGUACCAUCGUGGGCUCUGCUGUCUUCAACAUCCUGUUUGUGAUAGGCAUGUGUGCCCUGUUCUCCAAAGAGGUGCUGAACCUCACCUGGUGGCCUCUGUUCAGAGAUGUCUCAUUCUACAUUGUUGGGCUCCUCUUGUUGAUCUAUUUCUUUUUGGACAAUCAAAUCACUGUGGGGGAGAGUGUGAGCCUGCUGCUGUGCUACACCAGCUACGUCACAUUCAUGAAGUACAAUGCCAAAGUAGAAUUAUUCAUUAAGACCACCAUAGGCAGCAACCAGGUGGAUGAACUACAGAGUGCACCCAAGGUCACGGCCCCAAGUGAAAAUGAGAACAAGCUCAUGGCGAAACCCAGACUGCAAAGAGAAGGAAGCUGCGCCUCUCUACACAACACUCUGAUGAGGAACAGUAUCUUCCAGCUCAUGAUCCACACCUUGGACCCUCUCAGUGGUGAUGGACAAUUCAAAGAAAAAGCAUCAAUCCUCCACAAAAUGGCCAAGCACCAAUGUAAAGAGGAAACCAUUAAUGCCAAUGGUGUGGGUGAGCAGAGGAAAGCUGAUAAAAACAUCCCCAAUAACACCAACGUUGCAGUUGAAGUCACACCACCAAUGAAUGGUGUCGCUGGUGGUAGUGAGGGCCCAGAGGAAGAGGAAGAUGAAGAUCAGCCUCUGAGCCUGGCUUGGCCGGAUACUGCCAGGAAACAAAUCACCUACCUCAUUGUUCUGCCCAUUGUCCUUCCUCUUUGGAUCACACUGCCUGAUGUCAGGAGAGAGACUUCAACAAGGUUUUUUCCAGUCACUUUUCUUGGUGCUAUCUGCUGGAUUGCAUUCUUCUCAUACCUGAUGGUGUGGUGGGCUCAUCAGGUUGGAGAAACCUUCUGGAUCACAGAGGAGAUCAUGGGACUGACCAUCUUAGCAGCCGGCACCUCUAUCCCUGACUUGAUCACUAGUGUGAUUGUGGCGAGAAAAGGCCUCGGGGACAUGGCAGUCUCCAGCUCUGUGGGCUCAAACAUCUUUGACAUCACAGUGGGCCUGCCUUUCCCCUGGCUCCUGUACAAUAUCAUAAACGACUUCAAGCCAGUGGAGGUGAGCAGCAAUGGACUGUUCUGUGCCAUCGUGCUGCUCUUCAUCAUGCUGCUCUUCGUCAUCAUCUCCAUCGCGGCAUGCAAGUGGAGAAUGAGCAAGUUCCUGGGCUUCCUCAUGUUUAUGUUGUACUUUGUGUUCCUGGUCGUCAGUGUGAUGCUGGAGGACAGAAUUAUCACGUGCCCUGUGACAGUUUGAGAGGACAGCCUAUGGAAGGACUGAAGACAAAAGACACUUGAAUAUAUCAUCACACCCGGGAGGUGGAAAAACAAGUUCGCACAAAAACUGUAUGAAUUUUAUCAAUAGAAAAGACAUUAACAUGCAUCUGAUUGAAAAUAAACUGCUACCAUCAACAUUUGUGGCAGAAAAUAACCUCACCCAUUUGUGACCUGGGACUAAACAAAACUAGAGACAACAUCUAGUGAUAUUUGGCUUUGUGUGGCUGUUUGAAAAGUUUGUUGAAGAAGGACAUUAACAAAAAUGU